UCGUAAUUUACUUUGUUCCAAUCGUUUUUCCCAACUAAUUUUCAACCUUUUCUGUUUCGUUCAUCGAUACUGUAUGAACAUUAUUAGGGUUUUGACAAUUGGUAACCCUAACACAUCUUUCAAUGGGUUAUAGCUCGUCGUUUUUAGCGCCGGUCAUCGUGUCUCGAUCUUCUUCUGCAUGCGCUCAGAGCAUUCAAACCAGGUCUGCACGUCCACCACUGAUUUUGACGCACCGAAUAGCACAACGCUGCCACUUGCCACCACCAUUUCCCCUAUAUAAGCACCACCACGGCACCACCUUCUUUCCGAGCAUACACAUCACUGUAGCAAUACCCAGAGCAUUUUAAAUUUUUAACUAAGAAACAGAUCGAUCAAAAUGGCCGGAACCCUAGCCAAGCUGGCUUGUGUGCUCGUGAUGUGCGUGGUGGUUGCCGAAGCGGCCAUGACAUGCAACCAGAUCCAGGGCGGGAUGGCACCGUGCCUGGGCUACCUCACCAAAGGUGGGACCCCCAGUGCGGGGUGUUGUACCAACCUGAGAAACAUGGUCAACUCGGCGAGGACCACCGAUGACCGCCAGAAUGCUUGCAAGUGCUUGAAAGCAGCUGCUGCUAAACUCAAAGGGAUCAACCCAACCAACGCUGCUAGGCUCCCGUCCAACUGCAAGGUCAACAUUCCUUACAAGAUCAGCGUCUCCACUAAUUGCGCCAGCGUGAAAUGAAGAUCGAGUCGGAUGAUGGAGCAGAGCAGGAUAUGAAGCUAGCUAGUUUAGUAGGCUUAUUAAGUUCAGAAUAAUAAGGGAUUGAGUGGGUCCAGAUAGGGCGAGUUCAUGCACUACUUCAGCGACUGUCGUUUAAGUACUCUCUUUUUUAUUCAUGUUAGUUUCAGAUGUAUGUCUAUUAUCUUCAUGGAAUUUAUAUCCUGCUAUUUUUGAGUCAUAUGCAUGCAUCUAUCUUUUGAUUAACCUGACCUUACUCUGCAUUCCGGGU